AACAGCAAUAGCCAAAAUGAAAUCCGUGGUUUUAGUAAACUCUGGUCACAGUUUUAGCAAACACAUACAAUGAGUAGUAAAAAACCCAAAUGCGCCAAAGUAAAGAAUCCUUGCAAAUUUUGUCUGCAGCAAGUAACCAAUAAGAACGGGCUGCAAUGUCAGGGCGCUUGCAAGAAAUGGGCCCACUUCAAAUGCCUCCACUACACGCCAGGAAAAAUAGCGGACAUCAAAGCUGGUAUAAUAAAAGUGACGUGCCCCUGCCCUGACUGUGAUACCAAGCAAAAAAAAGAGUUUCUGACCAAUCCUCCUUUCUCUUGUAAAAGCAACGAAUGUCCCGCUAACAGACCUCAAAAAUGCGACUCAGCAGAGUGUCCCUCAAAACUCAGACAAAGGAAAACUGACCGUUUUGUGUGUAAGAAGCCAAACUGUUCCACCAGUACCAGAGAAAUAGACGAGAUGGCUGAUGCAGUUGAUUCCCCGGUUACAGUAUACCCGAGUUCGCCAAGUCCACGGGAUUCAUACCCAGACAUAUCUACAAUACCUUCGCCGUCUCCAUCGCUUUCGCCAAAACGACGCCAAUCUCCAAAAGGGAGGUUUUUUUCAAGAAAAAGAGGUAAGAAGAACGAUGGAAAGUCCCCCUCCUGCGGUUCCUGUUCAACGCGAACAUCACAAAAUUCAGUAAGACGUGCUGAUCAAAAGCCCUCAUGUGACUCGACUCGCUCGCCAAGAAACCAGCAGUCGAUGGUUACUGCCCUCCAAGAAAUGUGCGGGACUGUCGGCCAACUUUCUGUACAACUCAGAGACCUUAUGUGCAAAAUAAUGGAUACAUCUUAA